CCUCCAUAGAACUCAAAGCUUGAGCCUGAUAUAAACCAACACAAGGCUUAACAUGAGAUUCCCAUCUCAAAAAACGGACAGGAGGGUGUCCCUUUGACGAGCAGUUUCUAUUAUUUAGGCUGAAAACAAAUGUAUAAUUAUAAAAAUCCUCAGUUUCUUAUCAGGGUUAGCUUCCCUGCAAAUACAAGUCUUACAUGCGGACACCGUUUCUGUUAGUAUUUACAUUAUUGUAAAGAGGAAUAAGCAACACGUCGGGGCUGUAUUGAACAUACAAGUAAUUUUAACUGCGAAAAAUCAUAUCAUACGUUUUUGACACUGAAAAGCGCUCAGCGCUGGUCAGGGAAGGGCUGCUACCCCAAACUGUCCCAGAGGCUCGGACACUGCCCAGCGGAGCAGAUACCCCAAACUGUCUCAGAGGCUCGGACACACUGCCCAGCGGAGCAGAUACCCCAAACUGUCCCAGAAGCUCGGACACACUGCCCGGCGGAGCAGAUACCCCAAACUGUCCCAGGGGCUCGGACACACUGCCCGGCGGAGCAGAUACCCCAAACUGUCCCAGAGGCUCGGACACACUGCCCGGCGGAGCAGAUACCCCAAACUGUCCCAGAGGCUCGGAGACUCUGAGAGCGAGAGAGCGGUUCUCUGGGAGUGAGUGACAGGAGACUCUGCUGCUGAAGGGUCUGAGGGAUCGGGGCUGGAGAGGAGAGGGCAGUCUGGGCUGGAGAGGAGAGGGCAGUCUGGCCUGGACCCGCAGUGAGGCACCAUGCUGGUCACCGCCUACCUGUCAUUCCUGGUGCUGCUGGCCCUCUGCCUGGGCCUGGAGCUCAGCGCCUGCCGCGCCCAGCCCCGCCAGGCCGCCCACGCCGCCAACCCCGUCUUCCGCAGCUUUCAGACGCUCUUCCUGCGCGGCUACCUGCUGGCGCUCUGGGCCGACUGGCUGCAGGGGCCCUACCUCUACAAGCUGUACCGCCACUACAACUUCCUGGAGUCGCAGAUCGCCAUCCUGUACGUGUUCGGGCUGGCCUCCUGCAUCCUGUUCGCGCCCGUGGCCAGCUGGCUCCCCCUGGCGCUGGGCCGCCGCCGCACCUGCCUGCUGUUCUGCGCGGCCUACGCGGCCUGCUGCCUCACCAAGCUGUCGCGCGACUACUUUGUACUGAUCCUGGGCCGCGUCCUGGGGGGGCUCUCCACCUCCCUGCUGGCCACGGCUUUUGAGGCCUGGUACGUCCAGCGCCACCUGGAGGCCCACGAUUUCCCCCGCGAGUGGAUCCCCGCCACCUUCUCCCGGGCCGCCACCUGGAACCACGGCCUGGCGGUGGCGGCGGGCCUGGUGGCCAACCUGCUGGCGGAGUGGCUGGGCUGGGGGCCGGUGGCGCCCUUCCUGGCGGCCGUGCCCGCUCUGGGCCUGUGUGGCUGGGUGGUGCUGCAUGAGUGGGGCAGGGAGGAGGCGGAGGGGGGCGAGGGCCGGGGGGCGCUGGCGGGCUCUCUGCAGCCCCCGACCUCCUCCCUCUCUCCUCCUCCACCUCCGCUUCCCCUGCCUGGCCGGGCCCGGUUCUGGCGGGGCUGCCUGGAGGGGCUGCGCUGCCUGCUGGCGGACCGGCGCGUGCUGCUGCUGGGCGGGGUGCAGGCGGCCUUCGAGAGCGUGCUCUACAUCUUCGUCUUCCUCUGGACGCCCGUCCUGGACCCCCACGGCCCCCCCCUGGGCAUCGUCUUCUCCUGCUUCAUGGCCGCCAGCAUGGCCGGCUCCUCCCUGUACCGCCUGGCUACCUCGGCCCGCUACCGGCUGCAGCCCGUGCACCUGCUGUGCCUGGCGGUCCUGACCGCCUUCUUCGCCCUCUUCAUGCUGACCUUCUCCACCGCCCCCGGGCAGGCCCGGCCCCGCGAGUCCUUCCUGGCCUUCCUGCUGCUGGAGCUGGCCUGCGGCCUCUACUUCCCGGCCGUGGGCUUCCUGCAGGGGCGGGUCAUCCCCGAGGAGCGGCGGGCGGGGGUGCUGGCCUGGUUCCGGCUGCCCCUGCACCUCCUGGCCUGCCUGGGCCUGCUGGCGCUGCACGGGGAGGUGUCGGCGCCCGGCGGGGAGGGCGAGGCGGGCGGCGGCACGCGCCACAUGUUCGCAGGCUGCGCGGGCAUGAUGCUCGCCGCCCUGCUGGCCGGGGUGAGCCUCUUCACCCUGGGCCGGCAGGAUGCCCAGCUCCGCCUGGAGGGCGGGGGACCCGCUGAAGGGGGCCGGGGGGAAGGGGAGCUCUGAGACGGGCGGAGGCGAGCGGAGACAGAGUCUGAAUGUAUAGUCUGCGAUACAAGGACAGCAGGGCCCAUGCAGGGGUGCGGCGCUGCCCGUCGCCAGCAGGGUUUUUCGGAAACUCGCCAAGGCCGAAAUAAACUGCUGAGCACCAAGGCUGCCUAGAGACAAGUUCCUUUUGUACAGGACUCUGCGGUUUGCAGAUUGGCGCAGCGACAAAGGCAGCAUCGGUUGGCUUUAAGCAGAGACGUGCGAACUCAAGAGCCCCCCCCCAGGCCUGCAGCAGACGCCUCUCCCGAGUGCCAGAGCUGUUGGCUCCUGGGAAAGUGCGAGGUGUGUGGAUGCUUGGCGCUUCUGCGCGCCAGUGGAGCACGCCUGGUCGCGUGUGUUCGGGGUAGCGGUGGUUCUGCAGCGCGCGUGACGUGGUCCCGCACACGGACUGCGACACGCGCCGGCGGUCAGCACGCGACCCCCACCUGGGCUUCUCCGAGGGAACGAGUAAUAAACCUUCCCUCGUCACGUCUGACUCCUUCUCUUCCAGGAGACCCUUUUGUAAACGGGUUCAGCUGUGCCCUGGAAGCGGGGGGGGGGGACUAUUAAAAGAUAAUGGGCCGGGAUUUGGCUGGAAGGAGUUAAUGGAGGACUAUGUGCUGUGUGGUCAAGGGAGACCUUGCUGGUAGUCAAACCAAAAAUCAUUUCUUCGAAAUAAAAGCAGUUUUGGCCUUUGGGA